UGCAGCCUCUUACUUCCUGAGAAAUAUUUCUCCAAACAAAGUGUAAAGACGUCCAUGUGUCGCCUAACUACUCUCCCAAACGGAAAAUGAAGCCUCACAUACAAAGAGGCUUCGCCGGUGGACCGCCACCACCGCCGUACGCCUGUGGCUCGUCCACGCCACGUAAGCCAUCUCUUUGCCUCCAAUUUCCCUCCAGAAAGUUCCAUCGCCACGUCACCCUCUCCAUCCGUUCCCGCCGCCAAUGUGCCCUCGAUUCUCCCGGAGAUGGUCAAAAUCAAACCGCAAGCCGGCGUCGCGUGUUGCUGACUCCACUCGUCGCUCUCGGCGCGUCCGUGCUCCAAUCCGCUGCGUCGAAAGCAGCGGACGUUAACAAAUCUCAGGAAUCUUCCGUUUCUCCUCCUCCUCAGCUGCAGCUAGUGGAAGCUGAGAAGAAGGCGGAGACCGCGGCGGAAACCGUGGAGAUAAGUUCAAGAAUUUAUGACGCGACGGCGAUAGGGGAGCCGAUGGCUGUAGGGAAGGAUAAGAGGAAAGUGUGGGAGAAGCUAAUGAAUGCGAGGAUUGUGUAUCUAGGUGAAGCGGAGCAGGUGCCUGUAAAAGACGACAAGGAAUUGGAGCUCGAAAUUGUUAAGAAUUUGAGGAAAUUGUGCGUUGAGAGCGAGAAAUCCAUUUCUUUAGCCAUGGAGGCAUUCCCUUGUGACUUGCAGCAGCAGCUCAAUCAAUAUAUGAACAGAAGCAUAGAUGGAGAAACCUUGAAGUCUUAUUUGUCUCAUUGGCCGCCUCAGAGAUGGCAAGAAUAUGAACCACUAUUGAGUUACUGUCGUGACAAUGGAGUUAGAAUUGUUGCUUGUGGUACUCCACUCAAGGUUAUAAGGACAGUCCAAUCUAAAGGUAUUCGUGGUCUUUCAAAGGCUGACCGUAAACUAUAUGCUCCUCCAGCUGGUUCAGGCUUUAUCUCAGGAUUCACUUCAAUUUCACGCAGGUCAAUUGAUGUGAAUUCUCCAAAUCAAUCUGUUCCUUUUGGGCCAAGCUCAUAUUUGUCUGCACAAUCAAGGGUGGUUGAGGAGUACGCUAUGUCCCAAAUUAUUUUGCAAGCAAUGCUGGAUGGAGGAGCCACUGGUAUGCUUGUAGUGGUGACAGGAGCUAGCCAUGUUUUGUAUGGGUCAAGAGGUACUGGGCUACCUGCAAGAAUUUCCAAAAAGAUGCAAAAGAAGAACCAAGUAGUUAUAUUACUUGAUCCGGAAAGGCAAUUGAUUCGAAGAGAGGGAGAAGUCCCUGUUGCUGAUUUUUUGUGGUAUUCUGCUGCCAGACCUUGUAGCAGAAAUUGUUUCGAUCGUGCUGAAAUUGCUCGAGUAAUGAAUGCAGCUGGUAGGAGGCGAGAUGCCCUACCCCAGGACAUUCAGGAAGGACUUGAUCUUGGUUUAGUAUCACCAGAGGUACUGCAGAAUUUCUUCGAUUUGGAGCAGUAUCCUCUGCUCAAGGAACUUGCUCACCGUUUCCAGGGUUUCCGGGAAAGAUUGUUGGCAGAUCCCAAAUUCUUGCAUAGAUUAGCUAUAGAAGAAUCCAUAUCAAUAACCACCACUCUCUUAGCACAAUAUGAGAGGCGUAAAGAAAAUUUCUUUGAAGAGCUUGAUUAUGUAAUUACAGACACUGUCAGGGGAUCGGUGGUUGAUUUUUUUACUGUGUGGCUUCCUGCCCCAACUCUGUCAUUCCUUUCAUAUGCUGAUGAGACGAAUGGGCCUGAAAACAUUGAUGUUUUGAAGGGUCUGCUUGGGUCCAUCCCUGAUAAUGCAUUUCAAAAGAAUCUUCCAGGGAAGGACUGGAAUCUCAGUCACAGAUUUGCAUCUGUUCUUUUGGGUGGUCUGAAACUUUCUUGUGUUGGAUUUAUCUCCAGUAUUGGGGCUGUGGCUUCCUCAAAUAUGUUGUAUGCAAUUCGCCAAAUGAUUAACCCAGCACUGAUUGCUAGUCAACGAACUAAAAGAUCACCAAUACUUAAAACAGCAGUUGUUUACGGAUGCUUCCUUGGAAUUUCAGCAAAUCUGCGUUACCAGAUUAUUGCUGGCUUAGUGGAGCAUCGGAUUGCUGAUGCAUUUGCUUCUCAGGCAUUACUUGUAAAUAUGCUAUCAUUUGUUGUUCGGACAAUAAACUCCUACUGGGGAACACAGCAAUGGGUUGAUCUUGCACGCAGUUCUGGACUGCAAAGUAAGAAGGGCAAACCAUCUUCUUAUCAGACACCGGGUUCCACUACAGAAGCUACAGUUGGAUGCAACACUGCGGAGGAUGCCAGUAUUGAUGAGAUAAAAAAUCAGUAAAGGUGAUUUUUUCCAGUUCCAUAUCAUAGUAAUUUGUAUUUUUUCAAAGCUGCUGAGAGAGAACCUAAGAAAAUGAAAUUCAAUUUCUCUGCUCAUAUCUUUUAUAACCUUUCUGCAAUUUUUUCAAUAUAGUUCUUCAAAUUUUGGUAAAUAUGAGGUCAAUACAAGAGAUUUACUUGCAUAUUAUGUGGAGAAAUAUAUAUGAUGCCAGUUUUAUGCAGCAA